UCUUCCUUCCCUGCCUCGUGUAAGCCGGCAAGAUGACGAACUCUAAGGGUUUGCGGCGCGGUACGCGCAACAUGUUCUCCCGCGCCUUCAAGACCAAUGGCACCGAGCACCUCUCCACCUUCCUCAGGGUGUACAAGGUCGGCGACAUUGUGGAUCUGAAGGGCAACGGUGCUUUCCAGAAGGGGCUGAUCCACAAGUGCUACCACGGCAAGACUGGACGAGUCUUCAACGUGACCCAGCAUGCCGUUGGUGUCAUCGUUAACAAGCGUGUCAAGGGAAAAAUCCUGCCCAAGAGGCUCAACAUCCGCGUGGAGCACCUGACCCACUCCCGUUGCCGUGAGGACUUCAAGGCACGCGUGAAGGAGAAUGACCGCAUCAAGCACGAAGCAAAGGCCAAGGGAACCAAGGUGAUCUGCAAGCGUCAGCCAGCCCAGCCCCGCCCCGCACACAAGGUUAACAUCACCAAGAACAAGCCAGAGUUCCUCACGCCGCUCCCCUAUGAGUUUAUCGCUUAGUGGUGGUGUUUGGAGGGUUCGAUAAGGGAAUAAAGGCCAUGCGGUGAU